AUGGGUCUCAUCGGCGCUGCUUUUGUCUCGCUCGCCGCUCUGACGAGCGCCGCGAGCAUCCCGACGUCCCAUGUGAAGCGUCAGACCACUGAGCUCCGCGACAAGUAUGACAUCGUCAUUGUCGGCGCCGGCACAAGUGGCCUCACUGUAGCCAACCGCCUGACGGAGGCCUUCCCUUCGAAAAACGUGCUCGUUAUCGAAUACGGCGAUGUCCACGCCACGACCCCUGGAACCUUUGACCCGCCGACGGACUGGAUCACUAGCAACCCCGAUGCUCCCCCAACUUGGGCUUUCACCUCCCUCCCUAACCCGGACAUGGCGGACACCCAGGCGUUCGUGCAGGCCGGCCAGGUGGUCGGCGGAAGCAGUGCGGUGAACGGCAUGUUUUUUGACCGCGGGUCUCGCUUCGACUACGACUCCUGGACCGAGGCUGCUGGCCCGGAGUUCAGCCAGUGCGCGAACAAGUGGAACUGGCAGGGCAUCUUUCCCUUCUUCCAAAAGAGUGUGACCUUCACCGAGCCGUCAGCAGAGAUAGCCCAGCGGUACAACUACACGUGGGACGUGGCUGCCUACGGGGGCUCGACUCCCAUCCACAGCUCCUUUGCGUCCUUCCAAUGGGCCGACCAACCUCUCCUUAGGAAGGUAUGGCAGGAGAUGGGCAUCAACACCCCCGAAGAAUGCGCCGGCGGCGACAAGGAGGGCAUCUGCUGGGUCCCGACCUCGCAGCACCCCGUCACGGCGAGACGGUCGCACGCCGGGCUCGGCCACUACGAGGAUGUGCUUCCCCGUGCCAACUAUGACCUCCUGGUCAAGCAUCAGGUUGUCAGGGUGGUGUACCCCGACGGCCCCGACGCCGGCCCGCCGCUCGUCGAAGCCCGAUCUCUGGCGGACGGCCAGCUGUUCAACGUGACGGUCGACGGCGAGGUGAUCGUGUCGGCGGGCGCGCUGCACACGCCGACGGUUCUGCAGCGGAGCGGCAUCGGCGCGGCAUCCUUCCUCGGCAGCGUAGGCAUCCCGCUGACGCUGGACCUCCCCGGUGUCGGGGCCAACCUGCAGGACCACUCGGGCCCGCCGGUCAGCUGGAACUACACGCAGCCGUACGAGUUCUUCCCGCUCCCGUCCGAGAUGGCCGGCAACGCGACCUUCAAGGCCGACGCCAUCGCCGGCUUCGACGAGACCCCCGCGCGCGGCCCCUACACGCUCGCGGGCGGCAACAGCGCCAUCUUCGUGUCGCUCCCGCACAUGACGGCCGACCACGCCGCCAUCACGGACCAGAUCCGCGCCAUGCUCCUCGCGCUGGCCAACCUGCUGGACAACCCGGAGGCGCCGAGCCUGGAGACGCCGUGGGCGACGACCGAGGCGCCCGGCACGGCCUGGUCGUUCCUGCUGCACCCGCUCAGCCGCGGCACUGUGCGUCUGGACCCGGCGGACCCGCUCGAGAAGCCGAUCCUGGACUACCGCGCGGGCUCCAACCCGGUCGACGCCGCCGUGCAGCUCGCCCAGGUGCGCUACCUGCGCCGCCUGCUCGAGACCCCGACCAUGGUCGCCCAUGGUGUUAGUGAGAUCGCCCCUGGUGCGGGGAUUGCGGAUGAUGAUGCGGCGCUGGAGCAGUAUGUGCGCUCCAAGAGCACCCUGUCCUUCAUGCACCCGUGCUGCACGGCCGCGAUGAUGCCCAAGAGCAGGGGCGGUGUGGUCGGGCCUGAUCUGAAGGUGCAUGGCGCCAAGGGUCUGAGGGUGGUCGAUAUGAGUGUCAUGCCGCUUGUGCCGGCGGCGCAUCUGAGUGCGACUGCUUAUGCCGUGGGAGAGAAGGCUGCGGAUAUUAUUAUCAAGGGCUGGAAGAAGCAGGGUUGGUGA